CGGAGGACGCCGCUGACGCCGCCGGGCUGCAGCCGAGCCGCCGGGAUGCUUAGGGCUCCCGAGCCGCGGCCCAGGGAGGCGGGGGCGGCCACCCAGUCCAAGCCGCUCACCUCCUUCCUCAUCCAGGACAUUCUGCGGGACGGCGCGGAGAGGCGCGGUGGUCACACGAGCAGCCCGCAGCCCCCGCGCCAGCCGGACCCGCGGCGAGACCAGGAGCUGGAGCCCGAGCGAGGAAGAGGCGGCGCUGGGGCGCCCGAGGACGAGUGGAGCGCCCGGCUCGGCACCGGGCAGGAGGCCGACGCCCCGGCGGAGAGCGAGCCAGAUAGACACUUUGAGACUUAUCUGAUGGACUGUGAAAACAGUGCAGGCUCCUUACCAAGCCUUCCGCAAACCUCGAAACAGCCGCAGAAGCGCUCCCGUGCUGCCUUCUCCCACACUCAGGUCAUUGAGUUAGAGAGGAAGUUCAGCCACCAGAAGUAUCUGUCAGCCCCUGAAAGGGCUCACCUGGCCAAGAACCUCAAGCUCACCGAGACCCAAGUGAAAAUAUGGUUCCAGAACAGACGCUAUAAGACCAAGCGAAAGCAGCUCACCUCGGACCUGGGAGACCUGGAGAAGCACUCCUCCCUGCCGGCUCUGAAAGAGGAGGGCUUGUCCCAGGCCUCUCUCAUCUCCAUGCAUAACAGCUACCCUUACUACCCCUACCUGUACUGCUUGGGAGGCUGGAACCCACCUUUCUGGUAGUGCCAGCUCAGAGGACAAUCAUGAGUGGUCAAAUACUGUCUUCCCUGGGUUUGCGUCUCUGGAGGGCAAAAGGGGCCAGGCUCAGGGAGGACUGGGGAGCAAGCGACGUGCGUACUGACCCUGUUGCAGGUUUGCAUCGACAUCCCAGAUUCUUCACUGGUGAGCCAAUGAAAGAUCUGGGACAGUGAAUAAUAUCCAGAUAGAUCCCCCAACACGUGAUGUGGGAGGUUUUUUUGCUCUUUGAGACCUCCGCCAAGUGGGGAGGGAUAAAGUCAAGUGCUGUUUCUAGCACUUCCUGUGAUUUCAUAUGAGCUGUCCCCAUCACUCCUGAGGAUGCCAUUUCCACUCCAUCCUCUUGUGUAACUGAACAUCAACCCUGAAACCGCGAACCUGAAGGGGAAAAGGAUGACCAAGUCGAGGGUGUCACCUCCCGAAUUACACUUAAGUUCCAAAACCUCUCAUUGACCUUGGAAUACGACCAAGGUUCCUCUCUGUCCCCAUAAGAGAGAGGAAGACAGAGGCUCAAAGAGAAGCCUGUCAUGCUCAGCACGGACCUGCAUGGGAUUUGAAGAUCGGUACAAGGAGGUGAAAAUAUAAGCUGCUGCUGCUUCCUUUUUAAAUAACACACCGACCUAAGUAUUUCCAGGGUGGCCCAAGCAGAACUCGAAGCACUCACUGUGGUUUUAGUACAAGCUGUAUAAACAGAAAUGUACUGCAAGGGGUGGGCCCGGGACAGAAGACUCUCCACAUGUCGGACAACGGCCUGAGGAGGAGCCUCUGCACUGCGGCUGGGCAGUUGGGGGGGGAGGGCAUUACAUUUUUUUGUUAAUAAAGAUUUUAAAAAAGCCUCCUCUGGACCUUUUUGCCCUGGGCCUGAGAAUUAGAAUGAGCAGUUUCCUGGAGUUUUCAGGCUGUAAUUCAUACUACACCAUGACAGAUCACAUACUUCUCUCCUAUAAACUCCUGCCUUCCCUCCUUUUAUUUUUUUGUUCCUUUUCCACAACGAUCACCCACCAAAGGGCUUCUUUGCAGCCCAGACUUUUAGUCUGGCUGCACCUAACAUACACCUUCCUUAUUUAACCUGAGAUCUGGUCUUUUUUUUUUCCCCCAAAGCUUUAUCUCUCCUGGGUUAAAAAAAUAAAAAAGAAAGAAAGAAAGAAAGUAGGGUAGGGGGAAGAUCCUGAAUUGGCUAAAAGAUGUGCAUUUUUUUUAAACUAGCAAUUCUUAUAUUUUUUUCUUUAAAAACAUACAUUAAAUCCCAAAUCCUAUUUAAAGACUUGACAGCUCGAAAAGGUCACUGCUGCUUUUAUAAGACUUUCUGGUGGCUCUGUUGUUACAGUUCAAAGUCUGACAACCCUCUGGGAUCCCUGCAGGCAGAGGAGUUAAGAGGUAUCGGGCUUUCACACACAAGGAGAACACAGGGCAAAAUGAAGGGUUGGGAGCCAUUGAGCUGUCCAGUGGAAAUGCAGAGUUCAUGGGCAGGACAUGGAGAAGAGGCAGCCAGGGCUUCGGGGAGCUGGGUCCCUGGCUGCAAGCUGAGGGGGCCGAUAACACUUUGCCAGCAGGGGCUAAGGAAAAGGAAACUUUUCAAAACACAUUAUUACUGUGGCGUCCGUCACCAAACAGCGAAACUGUUCAAAUACUUCGGGAGCUGUAUUUAAUGCCUAUAAAAAAUGGGUCCCCCAAACGAGUCACCUAGUGACUUCAGCGAGAAUGGGAAGAGGGCCAAGGAGAAACCUGGCCACGCUUCUGUUUCUACCCGAUUGUCUCAGGUGACCUAGUGGAGGGGCGACGUCAGAGUAGAAGCAGCCAGUUGUAAUGAGGUACCCCGAGGCCUGGAAAUCUCUUGAUCCCACUACUUAAUUGUGUUUAGUGAGAAACCAUUCAAUUUCCUCCUAUUAAAAGGGGGCAAUUUACUGUUGGUGGCAAAACUGCCUGAGUUGAUAGAAAGUUGGCCCGUUUCACCCCAUUUUCUCCCGUUUGGGCUCCACAUUGAAAUACUGUUAAACGCUCGGCUGCUGACAAGCACCAGGGGCGCAGACAGCAGACUGGCCCAGAUUGCUUGCUUCUGCUCACAAGGCUUUGAAGAGAAGCAUCCAGUGCCCACUCCCCGCUUGGUACCCUUUCUCUCUCACUCUCUUUCCACCGGCUGUUCUCCAGGUAUUAGAACAUUUUACCAUGAUGUGUAUUGUGUUGCAAAAAAAAAAAAAAAAAGUCUUUGUUUAAAAUUAUUUGGUCUAUGAAUCUAUCUUGCUCUUCCUCCAUUGGAACUAGUUACUCCCCCCAUCUCUGUCUGGGUAUCUGAUGGGUGAACUAGAGGGUGCCUCUGACCACCUCAGACAGCCUGUUGCCCUUCCAUAAGUCAGUUUGGGUUCUCCACCUGCAUAACAAACUCUGCUCCAGUCUGUAACAUGAAAGCCUGUGACUUGAAGUUGAGUAAAGUACCCCAACCAAACUUUAUUUUUCUAAGUAUUUUCGGCAAUG